UAUGGCAAACGUUUUCCUACGGCGGUGAACAGAAGCGGCUCACCAGCAGCGCAUCACAGGAACGGGAAACGUGCGAUGCGAAUAGUUUGAUACGUCGCCGGUACGGUGGAAAGCACCACCCCAAACUAAAACAGUUUUUCUCAGUAGAAGUAUCUAAGUGAAACGCACAUCCCGAUUCCCAUGAAUCGAACGAAACGUGUAGUGAGAAGCACAGUUUAAUACACUAACAAGCGAUAGGAUAGCUUAUUUCCGUCUGCCGAAAUCGAACUGGGGCAGCAAUGUUGGUGGUCAAAUGACAGCGCGCAGUGUUGAGUUCAAGGCGAAGCCAAAGUGUUCAAUCAUGCGAAGGGUGAUUUUAUGAGGUUUUCCUAAUUUCGCUCUCCAAUUUUGCAAACGCCUGCAGGAAGAAUAGAAAACCCAUAAAAUAGAUACUAAUUAAAGUGCUGAAAAAAAACCUUCUGCGAAGAAACGAGGAAAAAAGUGGUGAACUGUUGAAUGCUAAUCGGGGUUAAAAUGAAUCCCAAAGGAAAACGUUGAUAAUUAGUUGGCUGAGCUUUUACCCUCUUGUGGUUCGGUUCGAUUAACACGCUUCUUCAUUAUCAAUCGAUGAUUUCUGAAAGAGAUUUUGAAUGAUUCAUGGUUGCUGGCUGAGAAAUUAGAGAUCAAAAAUACACAAUCCAAGCAUCAAACGUUUACCGAGAAUUUAUAAUAACUGGAAUGAACUUCAUGGGCAGUUGCAACUACUCGUAUUAAUUUGCAAACAUUCACAACCCGGUCCUCCCACAAGGACAAACAUCCCGCCCCGCCAUGACUGACCUCCUAUCGCCACCGCCGUCAUCGUCGCAACCGCACUACUGGCAGACGCGAUACUUCCUCUACAUGGAAUUGCCAUCGUCAAUCGUAUCAUCCAGUUCCGACAACGGAGAGCUGCCCUCCCAUGAAACGGAUAAAAUGCUCUCAGCCUGGGACCUGUCGACGGCGGUGCCGAUGUCGGAGAAUAUGCUAUCAGAUGCCGAGCAGACGCAAUUGCUACUGUACGACAUCCUAAUCCCGUUGCUGGGCUCGUUGAUAAUCGUGAUGAACGCGGCCGUCGUUACGUCCAGUUUGUUGCUUCUACGAAAAGGUCAACAACCAUACACGACGUACUUAUUUCUGGGAAAUGUAGCAGCAUCAGAUCUGCUGACGGGAUUCGCCGUCCUAUAUGGCCAGUAUGCGCCCAAGGAAAUCCGCGGCGAAGAUAACUGUUCCAUCCUUAUCGGAUUAAUUGUAUCCACCACCCUUGUAUCGGUAUACAGCAUUGGAUUGAUCGCAGUCGACCGGUACCUGUACAUCGUCUACGGGCUCCAGUACCAGCGCUACAUCACACCCACCAGGGCGAAGCUCUCCAUCGCCGCCACCUGGUUUAUCGGGCUCAUCAUCGGCUUCCUCCCUGCGUUCGGUUGGCGCGGCGAUACCGACGAUGGACGUGUAUGCUGGUUCAUCCGUUUGGCACCACCAGCUCUCAUUAUAUUGACCACCGUGGUGGGAAUAAUCCCUCUGAUUGUGGUCAUUGUUCUGUACAGCAUCAUUCUGCACAAAGCCCUCCGACGGGUUGCGCAGCUGAAAAAAGCGAGCCGAGAGCAACAGGGCGCCCUAGCUGGCAAUUUACGGUUGUUCCGUGGUGGCGCGGCGGCAUCUGCUACAUCUGUUGUGGCGACGGCCGAACAGCCCCUCUCCGAAGAGCAUCACAAAACAACAAAAUGCUUCCAGUGCUGCAAAAAACGCUCGACCAUUGUCAGUCGGGGAAGCGGCAAGCAUCCGACCAAGUGGAAGGCCAUCAAGGUGGUCAUGCUCACGACGGGGUGCUUCGUAGUGACGUGGCUGCCAUAUUUCAUCGCAAGCACCAUGUAUGUCCUGUGUAACCCAGAUACGAACCAGGACCUGUGCCGUGGUUUACAGUUUGCUAUCGCAAGCCCGCUGGCCAUUCUCGGAUUCUUCAACAGUCUUCUAAAUCCCCUUAUCUAUGCCUGGUGGCACAAUGGUUUCCGAACAUCAAUGAAGAAGCUUUGGCGAAAAAUGUGCUCCUGUUGCUGCCAGUCAGGGGACAAUAAAUCAUUCCCGCCAGAUCCGGCACAAGAGGUAUCGGCAAGAACAGCAUCCACCACCGGUAGUAGUACAGUCAACGGCACCACUUCCGACGGGAAUGGUGCUAACCAACAGUCUCGAAGCUCAAAUGCUACAACAUCAACAACUACCAACACUUCUUUUACUGCCAGUCCCCAGCCACGUUUUUCGAGGAGCAAUAACACCAACAAAAAUAGUAACAGAUCGAUGCCCACGUACAGCAGCGACACCAGUGACCUGGAAAAUCGAAUAACAGACACGGAUACAGAUGGUCCCGAGCAGACUAGACUGUGAAAAAUGUAAAGGAAACAUUCGAGUGGUCCUUUCGUUCAACAAGAUUACCUUCGCUCCCUAGCUCAGUAUGUAGUGUGUAAGAAGAUAUUCGACCGUUUGUGUCAGUAUAAGUUUAUUCAUUUCACGUGUGUCAAAACAAGCAUACGGCGUUCAAAACAAAGUCAACAAUCAUAUUAAAUUGUUUGUGAACUGAUCGCAAAUUUAAUGGCUGAUAGGAAAAGAAAAUAAAGUUCCCCUUCUACCUCAUGAAUGAGUCGAAAAACAAUAUUUGCUCAAAACAUCAACAUUCACUUUAUUUAUUAAUUUAUGUUUAAGACAAUAAAAACCUCAAGUAGUUUUGAAUCCCACGAAGUCGUCUUCUUCUUCCAAUCAUACA